CUGACAGCGCAAUUCUGUCGUGUGUCGUGUCAUGAUGGUUACAGAAAAAUGUGUUUCGCGAUGAACGAUAAAAAAAAAAAGAAUAAUUUCUCACUUCGAAAAAAGAGCACGAUACACAAAUAAUGAACCAUAUCAUUGUAAUUCAACUAAAUCGAUACUUGUCAUAAGUGUUUUGAAAAAUACUGAAUUUUUCGAGAAACAAAAUUUCUUCCACAGAAAAAAAAUAAAGAAUGCCCCACGUAGCAAGAAAUUGUCCCCACGUUUCAAAUCAAAGUGAUCCGGGAAUUAUUGAAAUUGCCGUCUCUUAUAAGGAUCGUUUUACAAAGUGCAGUGAAUGUGAGAGUGAAGGUCCAAAUCUUUGGUUAUGUCUCUAUCCUGAUUGUCGAUGGGUUGGUUGCGCUGAGACAAAUCCAGAUCACAGUUCAGUGCACAAUAGUAAAUUUCCAAAUCAUUCGAUUCAUAUGAAUCUUUGUACAAAUAGAUUUUGGUGCUAUUCCUGUGGUAAUGAGGUAUUUGCAUGGCAAAAUUCAAAUCAAUCGAAUCAAAUUGAAUUUAAAAAAUUUGCUGGCGAUGCAUCGAGUAUUGAUACGAAAUCAACGGAUCUACAACGACUACUUGUUGAGACAUUCCUGGAGAGUAGACGAGAUCAGGAGCUGAGGGAAAGUCGAAUAAGCUCUGAGAAAGGGGAUGCGGGGAAUGAGAAAUUUUCUCCGUCCGAUUCGCCGGACAGUACGGACUCGGACGAUGGAAAGGAUUUCAGUGGGAAGCCAAGGGGACUUGUGGGCCUGCAGAAUAUUGGAAACACGUGCUACAUGAAUGCAGCGCUGCAGGCAUUGUCCAACGUUCCGCCGUUGACGCAAUUUUUCCUCGAUUGCGCUCACAUGGCGACUUACAUUUCAAAAGACAGGAAACACGGUCUCAGUCUUAGUUAUUUGAAUCUGGUGCGAGACAUGUGGAAUCGUAAAAAUCGAGGUUACGUCGUGCCUCAUGGAAUUCUUUCUGGAAUUCGGACCGUACAUCCAAUGUUUCGUGGCUAUCAUCAGCACGACACGCAGGAAUUUCUUCGGUGUUUCAUGGAUCAAUUGCACGAGGAAUUAAAGGAACACGUCGAGGACGAUAAUAAGGAAUUGCGAUUGAAGAAUUUCGGCGAACAUUCGUCGGACGACGAUGAGACGGAAAUCGAUGGCACUGGUUCAAGUCAAUCGGACGCUGAAUAUGAGACGUGCGACUCGGGUGUCAGUGAACAGAGUUCUCUGAGCGAUGAAGGUGAACGUGGAACGAAACGACGCUAUUCACGUGUUUCACAGUCGGAAAAAGGACGAAAUAAAUUCACCAACAGGACAAAUGUCGGCGAAUUUUCCGGCUCACAAAGAUCGUCACAAAAUUCACCCAAAAAGCAAAUUAAGACAAAGAGUAUUAUCAGCGAUACUUUCGAUGGGAAACUACUUAGUAGCGUUGAAUGUCUCACUUGUAAUCGAAUUUCGACUCGAGUCGAAACGUUUCAGGAUCUAUCGCUACCGAUACCAAGCAGAGAUCACAUCGACAUGCUCCAUCAGGGCUCAUUAACACCCCAAAAAGCCGGACCCUGCUCGGACGUUGUCUACGUGACAAAUCAAUCCGGCUGGUUCACCUGGUUCUUUCAGUGGAUGCGCUCAUGGUUCUGGGGCCCCGUCGUCAGUCUCCACGACUGCUUGUCCGCCUUCUUCAGCGCCGACGAACUCAAGGGCGACAACAUGUACAGCUGCGAGAAAUGCAAUAAACUUCGUAACGGCAUUAAAUUCUCCAAAGUUCUCGAACUGCCCGAAGUUUUGUGCGUCCACCUGAAGCGCUUUCGCCACGAACUCAUGUUCAGUUCGAAAAUAGCAAAUUUCGUCUCAUUUCCAUUGGAGGGCCUCGACAUGCGGCCCUAUUUGCACAAGGAAUGCGUGUCGACAGUGACCACCUACGAUUUAAUUUCGGUGAUUUGCCAUCAUGGAACGGCGGGCGGCGGGCAUUACACGUGCUACGCACUGAAUCCGAUUGUGAGUCAAUGGUUUGAAUUUGACGAUCAAUGCGUGACGCAAGUGCCGCCCGAGACGGUGAGCAAUUGUGAGGCGUAUGUUUUGUUUUACAAGAAAUCGUCGCCGGAAAUGAUGCGACUCAGGGAUAAGACAAUGGAACUCAUGGAAUUGUCGGCGAGGGAGCCUUCGGAUUUGAAUUUCUUUGUCUCGCGGCAGUGGAUUAAUCGAUUUAAUACAUUCUCCGAGCCUGGACCAAUUGAUAAUUCGGAUUUUUUGUGCCCCCAUGGCGGUGUCAAUCCAAUUAGGGCGCAAUUUGUCGAUAAAAUCAGUAUGCCAAUUCCGCAAGCGGUUUGGGAAUUUCUCUACAGCAAGUUUGGAGGAGGACCGGCUUGCACGCAUCUUUACGAAUGUCCAAUUUGUGAGGAGAAAUACGAGUCGUUGGAGAAACGGCGACUUUACGAAAUGGACAUGUUUCAGAGACUAAAUCACAAUUCGGAGAAUCCAACUUCUGUCUAUGCACUGGCAAUGGCGUGGCUGAGACAAUGGCAGAGCUUUGCGAAGAGAAAGGAGAUUCAACCUCCUGGACCAAUUGAUAAUAGUUCGAUAGUUGUGAAUAAAAAUGGACAAAUUGUCUUGAAAGCAGGCUCGGACUAUGGACAAAUACCCGAAGAACUUUGGCAAUUUUUACUACACAUUUACGGUGGCGGUCCAGAAUUAAUGCUUCACUGUCAACGACCACUUCUUCCACAGACAACAUCAGCGCACGAAUUUCCCGAUUCGUCGAAUACAAAGCGUUCCGAGACGAAGGCAAUCAGUAAAAUUAGUGCGACAAAAAGUGCAGAAACUAUUCUUCAGCAGGACAGUUCAGCAAUUGAGGGUUUAACUUCCGAGAAUGAUUUUCAUCACUGGCUGCGCGACAGUGGAAUGAAGCAGUGAGAAGAAGGCGAAA